AUGGCACACCAACGGCUCCCUUUUCUUUACCCUAACCUCCUACGCUCUGUACGAGCUUGUGAGCCUACUACCUAUCGAUCUAUACGUUGCCCGGUCCAGCGAACGCAUUCCGCGGGGCUCCAUUCGAGUCGAGCAUGUGAACAAAACACACGCUUCCAGAAACGAUACGGGCCAGCUGUAGAGCCACGAGUACCUCCGCCGGAAGGCUCUAGCACAAGGCCAGAAUCCAGCCAAAAUAAGGUAUCAAAAGGAGAGCCAGACCAGAGAACAGCCAAGGAUGAUAAAGCCGUAGAUGACACUAAACCACCCUCAAAAAGAAGUGCAUCGGAAAGUGGUACCCAGUCGUCUGAUAAAGCUCAAACCAAAGAUGAUGCAGCCGGAUCAGCUUCAGAAAAUACCAUUGAUGGGAAUGUUGAACAAACUGAACCUCCUGGUUUAAUCGAGAUUGGGUCCGCUAGCGGUGCCUCUUCUCAGGGUGAUUUAGGAUCUGUUUACAAGAUGUCAAAAUCAGAGCCGCAAAAGGACACGGAUCAGUCUCAAUCAAACGCCAUGGAACCUUAUAUCCAUUUUCCUAGCCACAAACACCCCCAUUCGAGUCCAUUCGUCCAUCACUUUGACACAUACACCAUGGUGAAAGACUUGAAUAAAAGUGGCUUUACGGAGCAGCAAUCGAUAGCUAUAGCCAAAUCAAUUCGAGGUUUACUGGCAGUAAACCUUGAGACAACCCGUAGCAGACUGAUGUCAAAGUCUGAUUUUGAGAACGAGGUUUACCUUUUCCGAGCAGCAUGCUCGGAGCUACAAACCUCUAUUCAGGCAUCUCGGAAUACUGAGAUACAAUCUCAACGUACUCGACGGGCCCUAAUACAGCAUGAGCUAGAUAUCUUAACGCAACGCAUGACACAAGACCUUGCCGGUCUAAAGGAUGACCUAAAAGAGAUGUUCAACAAUCAGAAGAUUUCAACUAGAGAACUUCAGCGGUCAAUUGACACAGCAAUACAAGAGCUAAAUUAUCAAAUCACUGUGUCUCUUAACAGUGACGGGAAAAGCGAAGUAGAGGGUCUUAGAUGGGUACUUACACGGAGAGCUGUUAUUGCAGUUGCUACAAGUGCAAGUAUGAUUAUUCUUGCUUUAAGAUACCAGUCUUAUAAGGUCCAACAGCACGAAGCCGCGAAGAAGGCUGCUGCAGGAUCCGAAGAAGUGGCGAUUGGUGAUAUUGUUCAAGUCACCAAGCAAUAA